AUUCACACCAUUGUUGAAUCCUUCAAAAAAAACCGCAACAAUGUCAUCAUCAACCAAGCCACCGCACUACGCCACAAGCGGUUUGGUGAUAGGUUACGCUCUCUGUUCAAGCUUGUUAGCGAUAAUCAACAAAUACGCCAUCACUCAAUUCAACUACCCUGGUCUCUUAACCGCUUUACAGUACCUCACUUCAGCUCUCAGCGUUUACCUUUUCGGAAAAUUAGGGUUUCUUCAUCACGAUCCUUUCACCAUUCCGAUCGCCAAGAAAUUCUUCCCUGCCGCACUCGUUUUCUUCCUCGCUAUCUUCACCAACACGAAUCUACUCCGUCAGGCUAACGUUGAUACCUUCAUUGUUUUCAGAUCUCUUACCCCUCUUCUUGUUGCUCUCGCUGAUACCGCUUUUCGAGGUCAACCUUCGCCUUCUAACCUUACUUUUUUCUCGCUUGUUGUUAUUCUUGCUGGUGCCGUUGGUUAUGUUGCUACCGAUUCGGGUUUUACUCUUACCGCUUAUUCAUGGGCUUUUGCUUAUUUGGUUACGAUUACUACUGAGAUGGUUUAUAUCAAGCAUAUGGUUAUGAGUCUUGGGUUGAAUACUUGGGGUUUUGUUCUUUAUAACAAUGUCUUGUCUUUAAUGAUUGCUCCUUUCUUUUGGUUUCUAACUGGAGAGAAUUUUGAGGUUUCGAAUGCGAUUAAUUCGAGUACCGGGAGUUUGUUUGAGAUGAAUGCGUUUCUUGCGGUUUCUUUGUCUUGUGUGUUUGGUUUGCUUAUCAGUUUCUUUGGAUUUGCUGCGAGAAAAGCGGUUUCGGCUACUGCUUUUACGGUUACUGGGGUUGUGAAUAAGUUUCUCACGGUGGCUAUUAAUGUGACGAUUUGGGAUAAGCAUGCUAGUCCUGCUGGUCUGGUUUGUUUGCUUUUUACUAUAAUUGGGGGAGUUCUUUAUCAGCAAUCGGUUACUGGGAAUUGUUCAAUGCUAUCAGAGGAUUUUGAGGAGCAUGCUGCGAAAGUCAAGACUCUAAAAGAGAGUCCAUCAAAUGAAAACUUGCUUAUCCUUUAUGGAUUGUACAAGCAAGCCACUCUUGGACCUGUUACCACCGGAUUUGUGGCAUGGUCUUAUUUGCUCAUGGCUAGCUGCAAGAUCCUGGCUGGUAUAAUAAGUAUCUGUUGGCAGCUUUGCAAGGAUUUUGCUUGA